AUUGAAGAUUGAAAUUUACAAAAAUAACACACAACACUCACAACAGUGUUAUCACAGUUUGAGUGGGAGGUUAUGGAAACAUAAAACACGUUUUCAUUGGUCGGAGUAAAAUCCAAUUUUGCGGCGGCUAACGAUUAGUCUUGCUACUUCUUAUCGAUACCGAAGACGAUUUUUUGAUAAAAAUAAAAUUUGAUUGAAAAUUUGAAAUUUUAACAUCGAAAUUUGAGAAAUUUAUGAUACUGACUGGUUCGAAAUUUAUGAUCAAAUUGUGCAAUUUUUAAUUAGGAAAGCGUAGAGCAGAAUGGCAGAUCCAAUAGAAGCAGAGAAAAUAGCAAACAAGAAACCGAAAAAGUUAUGUUCAGGACUCCGAAGAGAUCUCAAAAUUUGUGUAUUAGAAAGCGAUUGUGUAAAAAUAGAUAGAGUAUUACCUAAAAAAUGCUUACAAGAUUUCAAAGUACCUCAAGAAUGUUUGGCCUUAGCUUAUGAAUUUUUCGAAUGUAAAAGACAAUUCGUGGAUAUGAGAAAAAGAUUUCGAGGGAAUCGAGGAUACUAAAUCUAUCAUCGGAAAAUUAAUUUGAUCACUGCUGUUCUUCAGAUAAAGGCUUGUACCGUAAUGUAGUCUCCAUUUGAUAAAUUUACUUGUUACGUGGUGUUAUAUUUUAAGUUGAUAUUUAAAAACACGGUGGAAUAAAUAUUUCACCAUACAA